GAACAAUCACUACAUUCAUGCUACGAUUACCUGCAGCUCUUCCAAAGAGUGCUCAGCAAGUUAAGCGGACUAUAAGACCACUUGGUCUUCUGGUCAAAAGAGCCUCUUUCCACACAGAACCUAAACCAGACGUAGUACCUGCUGUCGACACAAGUCCAAGGUCUCCUAGCACCUUUAAAGACAUGCUUGGAAUCAACAAGCCGAAUCCAGAUCUCGAAACAACGUUUUACCAGCGAGAGUUACCCGCCAAUCUUGUUCGUCUUGCUUCUCCUGAAGGAAAACAGCUUUUUAGAGAUGCCAUGGAAAACGGACAGGCAGAAGGCUUCUUUCCUUUAAGCGGAAAUUAUACCACUCAAUCAGAGCCAUCAUAUUGUGGACCAAGUUCAUUGGCCAUGGUGUUAAAUGCAUUAGAAGUAGACCCUAAGCGCCGUUGGAAAGGUGUUUGGAGAUGGUAUUCAGACGAACUUCUGGACUGUUGUGCGACCCAAGAAGAUAUGAAGAAGAAUGGUAUCACGUUCAACGAGUUUGCAUGUCUGGCAAAGUGCCAUUGUGACGUGGUAGUUAAACGUGCUUCGGAAAUCACUCUGGAGGAGUUCAAACAAGAUGUAGAGAGUGUUACUUCACGCUCUGACCAAUUUAUGGUAAUCUCUUUCUGCAGAAAGACCCUUGGUCAAACAGGUGAUGGCCAUUUUUCACCUAUCGCAGCCUAUAACUCAGAAGAAGAGAUGGUACUUGUGUUGGACACUGCACGGUUCAAGUAUCCCAGUUUCUGGUGUCCUCUUGAGACCUUGUACGAAUCGAUGAAGCCAAUUGAUAAGGAAACCGGGCGUCCUCGUGGAUAUUUCUUGCUGAGUUACGAUUUUGAUAACCCACCCAUCAGUCUCUGCAAGGGUAAUCGUAAUAAAGACCAGAACAAAGUAUUACCGAACAAAGAAAAUAAUACCAAAGACACCAACAACACCAACACCAACGAUAACAACAACAGCAAUAAAAAAGAAACCAAAGAUCAAUAUACAAUGACCGAAGAAUCUAUUCAACCCGCUAAACUCAACUGGUCCACCCUGGCUCAGAGCUUUUGCAAGCGUAUCCCUGAGAACAUGUGGUUGGAGAAACCUCGAACGCUUGAGCAUGUAGUUCAAUUGGUUAUGCGUAAUGUUCCUCCCGAGUACACUGCUAUGCUUGUUAAUCAGUCCAGGGCCUCUAACUCUCAGUCACCUGAGAAAGCAGAAGAAUACAUAGACUGUCUUAUGAAGGAUACCUCACACUCUCCUCUUUACCCCACAGUUUUCCAUUCGCUAUAUCCUGAAAAGAAGUAUAGUCCAGAUGAACCAGCAGAUACAAAGGCUGUAUUUGCUACUUUGUUUGUGCUUGGAUCACCUCGAAUGCUCUACACAUCCUUACCACGUGACCUCCAAGAGAGACUUGAACAAUGUCGCAAUGAUGAUUCGAUGUCUAGUGUUGUGAAGCGUGAGGUUGACAGAAUUUCGGUUGAGGUCAGCGAACUUACAAAGACAUUUUGUACUUGUGGUCCUGGCUGGGCAGACCAAACUUCAGAUUCAAAACCAUGUUAAUGAGAUCAAGAAAAAGAAAACAAUUAUUCCCCUCCCCUCUUCUCCCCUUCCCUUCCUUUAUUAUUAUUUCCUUCCAAACCACACCACACCAGGAUAUAGAAUUUUGGAUUUUUUUGAAGUUUUUAUUUAUUUAUAUUUAAAUAUUUUAUUAUCACAUAAACAUUUUACUUUACUUUACC